UGCACCACCAGCAGCUUGUCCCGAUCAAUCGAAACACCACUAAUCCCGCACCAGGUUCCUUCCGACCCUUUCGCAAGAUGGCUGAGCCCGAGAACAAGAAGCCCAAGGUAGACGAGGGGGCCGCCCCAAUGAAGAAGGCCAUCAUCACUGGUAUCACCGGCCAGGACGGCUCCUACCUCGCGGAAUUCCUGCUCGAGAAGGGUUACGAGGUGCAUGGCAUCAUCCGGCGAUCGUCGAGCUUCAACACCCAGCGCAUCGACCACAUCUACCGCGACCGCCACGAGAGCGCCGUCCGCCUGAAGCUGCACUACGGCGACCUCACCGACUCCACCAACCUCAUGCACAUCAUCUAUGAGGUGCAACCGGAUGAGAUUUACAACCUCGGGGCCAUGUCCCACGUGAAGGUGUCGUUCGAGAUGUCGGAGUACACGGCGGAGGCAGACGGCGUUGGCGUGCUGCGCCUGCUCAACGCCAUCCGCUCCGCCGGACUCGAGAAGAAGACUCGUCUGUAUCAGGCGUCGACUUCCGAGCUGUACGGUAAGGUGCAGGAGAUCCCCCAGAAGGAGACGACGCCGUUCUACCCCCGCUCCCCGUACGGCGUAGCCAAGCAGUUCGGCUACUGGAUGCUUAUCAACUACCGCGAGGCAUACGGCAUGCACUUGACGAAUGGCAUCCUCUUCAACCACGAGAGCCCCCGCCGGGGCCCCACUUUCGUGACAAGAAAGAUCACCCGCGCUGUCGCUCGCAUCCACCGCGGGAAGCAGAAGUGCAUCUACCUCGGCAACCUUGACGCCAAGCGUGACUGGGGACACGCCAAGGACUACAUCAAGGGGAUGUGGCUCAUGGUGCAGAGGGAUGAGCCCAGCGACUACGUCUUGUCCACGGGAGAGUGCCACAGUGUGAAGGAGUUCGUGCAGGAGGCCUUCGCGUACGUGGGCACCGAGAUCACAUGGGUAGGUGAGGGCGUGGAUGAGUACGGUCACGUCAAGGACGACCCGGAGAACAUCGUCGUCCGCGUAGACCCCCGCUACUUCCGUCCGACCGAGGUCGAGUUGCUCCUGGGCGACUGCACCAAGGCCAAGAAGGAGUUGGGAUGGGUGCCUGAGAUCAGCUUCAAAGAUCUCGUCAAGGACAUGAUGAAGUCCGACAUCGCCAACGUGGAUUCCGGCAACGAGCACGCGUAACGAGCUGCGCGAGAGCGACGUUCGAUGAGAACGUUUCAAGAACACUUCUGGAAAGCUUACCCUGGAACGUUUUGCAAGAAGCAUAGAAGUUUUGGAGACAUAUGUUUAACGGGCGUUUUUUAGUACAAUAACAGGCGUAGACGUUUGAUGGGACUCCCCGGACUUGUCUUGGAACAUGUGUUCGACGUACACGGAGGGUGAACGGGAGGUGUGUUCCGGUUUCCGUUCACUCAAGAGAUUCGUGUCUUGCCGAAGUAGCUGGAAAUGUGACGCGUGAAAUUUGUUACUAUUGUUGUUUAUGUUCCGCUUUCUAGCCCAUGUUCCCGAUCUGGUUUGGCGCUGCUGAAGCAUGCCUCGAGGCGGGCAAGUAUGAACCAGCCACGGCAACUGCGACUGAACACAAAUCAUCAUACUUUACAGUAUCGACAAAUAUUGUGCACUCUUCAUUGUUGGCCCUUGCCCGCAACGUCAGGUAUUUCGUAGCCUCGCAGACUUUCGUUGGCGCAAUAUAAGACUGUUUGCGGCACGCCAAGCUGUUCUGUGUUUGGUUCACCUCUCGUGGUGUCGGCCUGGUUCAAUUGACGAGCAAUUAGCAAAAGGACAAGCGUGUGCGUUUGCCGCAAACGGCUUGUUUUCUGCCACACCACAAUCGGCAAAAGAUGUCCAGGGUUGUGCGGUGCCGCGGGUUUACUGUUGUUGCCGCCUUGCUCCAAGCGAAGUGAUGGAAGAAACGGUAAGAUUGGGCGGGCGAGCGU